UCUAACGUGAAAAGUUUUAUUGUAAUUUUCAUCAUUUUCAAUCCACUUAAAAUGUUAAAAAUAACGCGUUGCGCAUCAACGAUUUAUCGUUUCACUGGACAAAUCUUACGUGAAAAGAGCUCAUAUCAAAUUUCGUCGGUUGGUGUGAAAACGAUCGAACAGCCAAAAAGUUUGCCACAAAACUACAAUGAACCGUUCUCAUACGAUUUGUCAGCUGAACUACGUCGAGAAAAUGCACAAUUUAUGCUUGUAUUUCCAGAUGUAAUUCACCAUUUGACGAAGUUUACUUCAAGUCAGUACGAAUUGAGAGAUGCUUCCAAACAUUUUGCUAAGGCAUUGGAGUAUAAUGUACCCCAUGGCAAAAAGAUCCGAGGCUUAACAGCUGUCAUUGUAUACAAAGAUUUAUUUGGAAAACAUGGACUUACACCAAAACAUAUUCAGCAAGCUCACAUUCUUGGCUGGUGUAUCGAACUUCUUCAAUCUGUAUUUUUGAUGUCGGACGAUAUGAUUGACUGCAGUCAAAUACGACGUAAUAAACCGUGUUGGUAUAUGUUGGACGAUGUGAAAUCAGUUGCGGUUAAUGACGUUUUUAUGAUUGAAAAUGGAUGUUAUUUGCUGUUGAGAAAAUUCUUCGGCCAUUUACCAUGCUACCAGAGCUUGUUUGAACUGCUACACGAAACCGCAAUGAAUACAUUCAUUGGACAAUCGCUUGAUUAUCAAAUUGGCAACGGGAAUAUUGAACAAUUUUCCAUUGAAAAGCAUAUUUCCAUAUCGAAUUAUAAGACAGGGCAUUUUGCAUUUUAUACACCGAUCGCAUUGCCCAUGCUAUUGGCCGGUUAUAAAAAUGCAAAAAUGUUCGAAGACAUCAAGACUAUAUGCUAUGAAUUGGGCCAUUUUUAUCAAGUUCAAAAUGAUUUUUUGGACUGCUUCAGCGAUACGGAUGUACUGAAAAAACCCGGCACAGAUAUUGAGGAUGGAAAAUGUACAUGGCUUGCUGUUUCAGCAAUGGAACAUGCAUUAAAUGAACAAAAAGACAUUCUCAUCAAAUGUUAUGGACAAAAUGAUCCAGAGAGUGUGAAUCAAGUCAAGCAAAUAUAUAGUGAUUUAGAUCUACCCCAAUUGUAUAGUCAAUACGAAGAGAAAACCUACAACAAAAUCAAAUGUCAAAUUGUAGAAUUUUCACAACAACAUGAUUUACCGCCAAACAUUUUACUAAAAACAUUGAACAGAACUUUUAAUCGAACAUGAAUUUCAUCUAUCUUUUAACAAAGAUCUAAACAAGUUGCAUAUGUUAACAUUUCUAUCUCUCUAUCUACUUCUCUAUCUCCAUAUCCAGAUAGACGCCAAAUAAAGCGUCCAUUUUAAUAAUUAGUGUAUUCACAUUUUAAUCUGGAGGAGUAUUAAUAUUCACAAAAACAAAUCUUAUAAUUGGUGACAUCACUGAUAUACUAUAAUUUAAAUAUUUUUUGCUCAAAUGCAAUUCGUUUCAAAUAUAUACAAAAGUAGUUAAAUCUAUUUAAUAAA